ACAAUAGACAAUUGAUGGCGACAACCGGAAGAUUUUUCGUCCGUCAUUUUUGAUCUAUAGAUUUUACAAAUUGCUAAUUUUUCGUAAAUAUUAUUUGAUUUUUGGUGCCUUUUGCCGUUAAAUACUUGCAGUUUAUUUGUAUCGCCUUGUAAUCGUCACACAUUUUUAUUGGAACUUUAAAAUGUCUGGAGAGCCCGAAGUUGCUCGUACUCCUGAGGAGGAGGAGACUGAGGAAGAAAUCAAAUCGACUUACAAACCUCCUCCGGAAAAGACGAUUGAGGAGAUCCUAGCUGCGGACCAGGAGGAUGAGUCGUUGAGGAAGUACAAAGAGGCAUUGCUGGGGCAGGCACAAAGUGGCACUGUUGUUGUUGAUGUCAACGACCCACGGAAGGUGAUAGUGAAGAAACUGGCCCUCUGUGUGGUCGACCGGGACGAUCUUGAGCUGGACCUGACUGGUGACCUGACCAACCUCAAGAAACAGGUGUUCGUGAUAAAAGAGGGUGUGCAGUACAGGAUAAGGAUCGACUUCAUCACUCAGCGCGAGAUCGUGCACGGGCUCAAAUACGUGCAGAAGACGUACCGGCUCGGAGUUCCAGUGGACAAGAUGACCCAUAUGGUCGGUUCGUACCCUCCCAAAACGGAGAUCCAAUCUUACACCACGCCCCCCGAAGACGCCCCAUCGGGUCUGAUGGCUCGCGGGGCCUAUACCGUCAACAGUCUCUUCACCGAUGACGACAAGAACGUUCACCUACAAUGGGAGUGGAGCUUCGAGAUCAAGAAGGAUUGGAAGGACUAAGCAGCGACGAUUGGAUUGGGCUCAGCAGUGCCAUAAGGUAUUGGGUUGGGAGUGCGGUUCGUGGAUUGGGUAGCCUUUUUUGGUCGGUUGUUAAGUAUUUUCGAUUGAAAACUGGUAAAUUAGCAGUUGAGUAUACAUUGAAAUGGUUGACUUUAAAAGAAUUGUGCAAAAAUGAAUUCUACCUCUCAUAAAGAACGCAAAGCUCAUUUUAUUUUUGCAAGUAGGCUUUUCAAAAACUCUUUUACACGUCCCAGUAUUAACCCUAUCACUGCUACGGGUCAAUAAAUGGGCCAGUGCUAACCGAUUGGCGUGUUCGUAUAAUGGUACUUUUAAAAGUACAUAACUACAACUCAGUGCCUUUUAGCCUCGGAAAUAAUGUACAUUUUCGUGUGUAGAAUUAACGCAUUGAACACACGCAAUAGCGUCGACUGAGCGACACCACUCGGUUAUCUAAAGUUAUCUUAAACACUCUUUUUUCGUCACAGCUAUGGUGUCAUGCUAGUAGUGUGACCACUGUUGCUUCCAAACCAUUAUGGUGAGAUGCUGCAUCGUGUCCAUGGGGCUUAAGAUCACGGGUCGUACACGUUGACAGUUUAAAUAUCUCUGACCGACAUGAAAAGGCUACCUGUGUAUUAUUGGAAAAUCAGUAUUAAAUCCUAUCAAAAAUAUGAUAUGGGUGACAAUAACCACAUUUUUAAACGGCACCGUUUUGAAGGUAAAGUGAAAUUACGUCAAAAUUUUGUACUAAUAUUAGUACACCAUAAGAACUGGCACUCCUAACACCUAGAUCAGAUUCGACAGUUGUUAACCUUCUCACGUUACAUGCCUAAGUUUGGAAGAUUCUUCAUCUACCCAUCAUUGGAUUUAUUUUAUGCUCACUUCAAAAUUGUCACAUGAAACAAAAUUGUACUGUAAAAAAUUCAAAAUAUUUCUACGAUAUUUUUAAAGGCAUGUAGCGUCUUGUGAUUAUUGAAAAUAUCAAGCGACUGUUAGGGACCCUGUCACAACUACUAUGUAGUUAUGUGACAUAAAAGUUACAUAAUAUAUUAGGUCCAAUCCAGUUUGAUAAUGUGUCGGGUGGCUGACUGAAAUCCGAUUGUAACUGACAUCUUAGACUUAAGACAUUACAGAACCACUACAAUUUAUUUUCAUUACUAUUUCUUUAGUAUCUAGAGUACCUACCUAAUAGUUGUUUGUAUAAAUCUAUACAAUAUAAAAUAUGUCACAUGAAAUUCAAUAUAGUGCUAAUCAAAGUAUUUACAAUGAUAACUAUUUUAAAUAUGUUUCUAUUUCAUAUGUAAGGUAGCAAUAUUACUUUUAAAGUGUUUAUGCGCUAGUGGUUAUACAAUCUAAAUGUUAGAAUGUAUAUUUCUAUAAUUUAGAAUAGGUUAUAGAUAACGGAUCGGUGUGCGGGAGUGAUUUGUACUACAUAGAGUACAUAGUAUAUAAAUUGAUAUUUCACACAGAAUUAUGUAUAAAAGUAAUCCUUUAGUAUUUCUUAUUGUAAUGGUGUUUUUAAUAAUAUUAUGUGUAAGCUUCCACUCGCCUUAUCUUAGCUUUUAAAAAACAUUAACAUAUUUACACUAUUCUGUGAAUCCUAAAGGCGCAGUUAAGCCAAGUGUCCCUUAAAAGUAGACCUUAGCUUUUAAGAUAUAAGAUAAUAUUCUCACCUCAGCAGGGCUACUCUGUAACGUAGUUUCGGAUCUAUCUGACCCUAUCGCUCUCGUCGACAUUUAGCUUUACGUGACAGGGAUAGAAUAUUCGAUUCGGAUGUUUUUGAUAGUAGCCUUGUUUCCAUAAAAA